CCUAGAUAUAUACCUGAGGCUCGAAAUAUUUGUUGCCUUAAUUUCUGCCUUAAUUCAUGCCUAACUCCUGCCUGAAAAUACACCUCAAGCCAGUCUCCACCCAGCUCACCGCCAGAUAUCUCCGCCCGGCAAAAAAAGCAAAUUUCCUAUUCCGCCGAUCACUCUGCUCCUCUUGCGAUCUCUCUCAGCGCAUUAUCUGCAUUGAUACCCUUAUUCCAUUUUUGCUUUUGUUCCCGCUGCAUCAAUCCAUAAAUUCAACAUGGGCGACAAGAAGCGCAAGCUCGCGGAGGAAGCCACCGUCCCCGAGGUGAAGAAGGCCAAGCGCGACGACAAGAAGGAGAAGAAGGAGAAGCGCAAGGCGAAGGAGGUCGUGGAGGAACCUGUUGUUGAGAAGAGUGAGAAGAAGGAAAAGAAGGAGAAGAAGGAGAAGAAAGAGAAGAAGGACAAGAAGGACAAGAAGGAGAAGGAGGUGAAGAAGGUGGAGGAGGUGAAGGUGGAGGAGAAGGAGGACAAGGAGGAGAAGAAGAAGGAAAAGAAGGACAAGAAAGAGAAGAAGGACAAGAAGGAAAAGAAAGACAAGAAGGAAAAGUCCAAAUCAACAGACGACUUCGAUGAGAAGCCUGCUCCCGAGCCCGAAGCAAUGGACGUGGACGAGACCCCCGCCGAGAAAGAGAACCAGAAGCCCGAGGCCGAGGUAGCCAAGGAAGAGAAGAAGGAAAAGAAGGACAAGAAGUCGAAAAAGGAGAAGAAAUCCAAGAAGGAGCAGAAGACCGAGGCCGAACCUACUGAUACCCCCGCCGCGGAAGAGCCUGUCGAGGAAGAAGGCCAAUACAAGAAGAACACCCGGUUCAUCUGCUUCGUUGGCAACCUUCCCUACUCCGCAGACAAGGACUCCCUGACCAAGCACUUCGAAAAGAUCGCCCCCGUCUCUGUCCGGGUGGCCACGCAAAUAGACAAGCCCACCAAGUGCCGUGGGUUCGGGUUCAUCGAGUUCGACAACUACGAUCGCAUGAAGACCUGUCUCAAGCUGUACCACCACUCCAUGUUCGACGAUAAGAAGUACCCCCCUCGGAGGAUUAACGUGGAGUUGACCGCUGGCGGCGGUGGUAAGUCCGAGCACCGGACAGCCAAGAUCGAAGCGAAGAACAAGAAGCUCUUCGAGGAGAGACAGCGCAAUGCCAAGGAGAUCCAGAGGGAGAAGGCGAAACACGAACAGGGCGAGGAGGCUGGCCAGGAUGACUUCGCCGGAGUGCACCCCAGUCGUCGGAAUCGGAUGGCCUAAGGGGGCCAUUUUUUGGUUAUAAAAGUACAGAUGCUUUUUUGCUUCAGAGAUACCUUUGAUGUGUAUACUUGGAUGAGUCAGGCAGGAAUAUAGAUCCGGGAUGAUGCAGCGAGAGCGUGUCUUAAGAG